AUUCAGAACUGGUCUUGCGCUGUCAAUGGGAGCGGACGGUCGUCGGAAACAACACACUGGCUAGCAAACUUCACAGAUCGCACCAUGGUUUCUACACCGAUACCUUCUCUGUGGAUUAUGUGUUGCUUUGUUUUGUUUCAUCACACGCACACUGGAAUAGCACAAAAUGUAAAGGAAGUAAUGUUGCUGGAUUCUAAAGCACAGACGGAACUGGAGUGGAUAUCCUUUCCUUCUGGCGGGUGGGAAGAAAUCAGUGGACUUGAUGAGAACUACACACCUAUUCGGACUUACCAGGUGUGCCAGGUAAUGGAGCCCAAUCAGAACAACUGGCUGCGAACUAAUUGGAUUGAGAAGGGCAAUGCUCAGAGGAUUUUUGUAGAACUGAAGUUCACACUGAGGGAUUGUAAUAGUCUGCCAGGUGUGCUGGGGACUUGUAAGGAAACGUUCAAUCUGUAUUACCAAGAGACAGACUCUGACUAUAGGAGGAAUAUACAAGAAAGCCAGUAUGUAAAAAUAGACACCAUUGCAGCAGAUGAAAGCUUUACCCAGGGAGACCUCGGGGAACGUAAGAUGAAGCUGAAUACUGAAGUGCGGGAAAUCGGGCCUCUGUCUAGAAAAGGAUUUUAUCUGGCUUUUCAGGAUGUAGGGGCCUGCAUAGCUUUGGUAUCUGUCAAAGUCUACUAUAAGAAGUGCUGGUCUAUUAUUGAGAACUUAGCUAUUUUCCCGGACACAGUCACAGGGUCCGAGUUUUCCUCCCUGGUCGAAGUGAGCGGAACAUGUGUGAGUGACGCAGAAGAGGAGGCAGAGAAUUCUCCCAAGAUGCACUGCAGUGCUGAAGGUGAAUGGCUGGUGCCUAUUGGAAAGUGUAUCUGCAAAUCAGGAUUUCAUCAAAAAGGAGAUGCCUGUGAGCCCUGUGGACGUGGAUUCUAUAAAUCAUCCUCCCAAGACCUCCAGUGUUCCCGCUGCCCUGCUCACAGCUUCACUGACAGAGAAGGCUCUUCCCGAUGUGACUGCGACGACGGAUAUUACAGAGCAGCCUCAGACCCACCAUCUGCGGCAUGCACAAGACCCCCGUCUGCACCACAGAACCUGAUUUACAAUAUCAACCAGACCACUGUGACCCUGGAGUGGAGCCCCCCUGCAGACAACGGGGGCCGUAGUGAUGUCACCUACAGGAUUAUGUGCAGGAAGUGCAGCUGGGAGCAGGGAGAGUGUGUGCCCUGCAGCAGUAUCGUUGGAUUUGUACCCCAGCAAUCUGGACUAGUCGAUACCUAUGCCACCAUCGUGGACCUGCUCUCCCACACCAACUACACCUUUGAGGUUGAAGCUGUGAAUGGAGUCUCAGACCUCAGUCGCACCCAGAGGCUCUUCGCUGCAGUCAGCGUUGCGACCAGCCAAGCAGCUCCCUCGCAGGUUAGUGAAGUUAUCAAGGAGAGAGUGCGGCAGAGGAGCAUUCAGCUUUCCUGGCAGGAGCCAGAGCUUCCCAACGGGGUCAUCACAGAAUAUGAAAUCAAGUAUUAUGAGAAGGAUCAAAGGGACCGCACUUAUUCAACUGUGAAAUCAAAGUCUACAUCAGCCACUGUCAAUAACCUGAAACCAAGCACAGCAUACGUGUUUCAGAUUCGAGCUUUUACUGCUGCAGGCAACGGCACCUAUGGUCCUAGACUAGAGGUUAUAACACAGGAGGAAGCUACAGCCACAGCCGUCACCAGUGAACAGAACCCCGUCAUUAUCAUAGCUGUAGUCGCGGUGGCAGGGACCAUCAUCCUCGUCUUCAUGGUGUUUGGAUUCAUUAUUGGAAGAAGGCACUGCGGCUACAGCAAAGCAGACCAGGAAGGAGACGAAGAGCUUUACUUUCAAUUUAAAUUUCCAGGCACCAAAACGUAUGUUGACCCAGAAACCUAUGAGGACCCGAAUAGGGCUGUCCAUCAAUUUGCCAAGGAGCUGGACGCCUCGUGCAUUAAGAUUGAGAGAGUAAUCGGAGCAGGGGAGUUUGGAGAAGUAUGCAGUGGACGUCUGAAGCUCCCGGGAAAAAGAGACCUGUCAGUUGCUAUCAAAACUUUGAAAGUUGGCUAUACAGAAAAACAAAGAAGAGAUUUUCUUGGUGAAGCCAGCAUCAUGGGGCAGUUUGACCAUCCCAAUGUGGUUCAUCUGGAAGGAGUUGUUACAAGGGGAAAACCAAUUAUGAUUGUGAUAGAAUAUAUGGAGAAUGGGGCGCUGGAUGCAUUUCUUAGAAAACACGAUGGCCAGUUUACAGUUAUCCAGCUUGUGGGAAUGCUGCGUGGCAUCGCAGCUGGAAUGAGAUACCUUUCCGAUAUGGGAUAUGUUCAUAGAGAUUUGGCAGCACGUAACAUUCUGGUCAACAGCAAUCUUGUAUGUAAAGUGUCUGACUUUGGCCUGUCGAGAGUAAUAGAAGAUGAUCACGAAGCUGUCUACACCACAACGGGCGGAAAAAUUCCGGUCCGAUGGACAGCCCCAGAAGCCAUACAGUACCGAAAGUUUACUUCCGCCAGUGACGUUUGGAGUUACGGAAUUGUAAUGUGGGAAGUCAUGUCCUAUGGGGAGCGACCUUACUGGGACAUGUCCAAUCAGGAUGUAAUCAAAGCUAUCGAGGAAGGCUACCGUCUCCCAGCGCCUAUGGAUUGUCCACCUGGUCUUCACCAACUUAUGCUUGACUGCUGGCAAAAGGAGCGGGGUGAAAGGCCAAAGUUCGACCAAAUAGUUGGAAUCCUUGAUAAAAUGAUUCGGAACCCCAAUACAUUAAAGACCCCCCUAGGCCACUGUAGUAGACCAAUUAGCCCACUUUUAGAUCAGAACACUCCAGAUUUCACUACUUUCCGCUCAGUGGGAGACUGGUUGGAAGCAAUCAAGAUGGAAAGGUACAAUGAUAACUUCACAGCAGCAGGGUACAGCUCAUUGGAAUCAGUGGCCAGGAUGACUAUUGAGGACGUGUUGAGCUUAGGGAUCACAUUAGUGGGCCAUCAGAAGAAAAUAAUGAGCAGCAUACAGACUAUGAGAGCACAGAUGCUGCACUUACACGGCACAGGUGUCCAGGUGUGACAAGCAACACUUCCUCCAGUUAGGAGGCAACAGGCUUCUAACAAGCUACAAUGAGGCGUUUACUAAGGAUAAUCAUUGAAUGCGCUGCUUCCUGCAUCAAGACUCAUGGGAUAAACACAUUCCUUAUUCCUUGGUGCCGCCUUCCAGAGGUGGGAGGAGCUAACACAGGGUCCGUUAUCAGCAGCUAAGAAGAUGUCAAGAAAUACUACCUGGCACAUACGAAACUCUGAAACUUUUGAGGAACUCUUAACUGUGUAUUAUAGAGUGACAGAGAAUACUGAAAAAAAUGUUUUAUUUUUACCUUCCCCUUUUUGCUCUUUGAAAUGUGUAAAGUAUUUCUUCCUCAUUAUUUUGGAUAACUAUUUCUUGAAAAAUAAUUAUCUUUAUAGAAGAAUUAUUCCUUGGAGUGGUGAUUCAAUAUUCAUUUCAGUUAUGUUAAUUUAUCCCAAACACUAUGGUGUAUUAUUUCCCUUUUUAUUAGCGGAGAACAGGGUAAAGGGAAAGGCAAUCAGUGGGCUUGUCUUUUUAAAAAUGUUUUUUAAGCAGGUGUAAUUAGGAACAAUUACCAAUGUGUGAUAAGUUGUGGUAUUAACCUUUUAAUAUAUUAAAAUAUUAAUGAAUUUUCAGUCAGCAGCAGUACGAAGUUACUAAAUCAGUCUGAGCGAGCCUGGGAUUCAUUUAUUUGAAAUUGUUUAUAAUGUUUACUGCUUGCAAUAUUUUAAGUAAUUGAUCAAAGAAUAUUUUGAAGGUCUAAACUUUUCUAAAGUUUUCUGGAACAUGAAAAAAGCUCCACAGAUAGACCUCUGAAAGCUUAGCAAUUCAAGGAACAAUCAUAUUUUGAAAUUUCUGUCCUGUAGGGCUAACCAUAGUGUACUGCUAAUCUUUUUAUUUUAUUGUAUGUGUUUGCAGUUAUAUCUUUCUUAAAAGUUGCCAUGAUUUUACUUAAGAUGAUAAGAACUUGAGCAAACACAGCGCAAUAAUUACUCCUGAUGGAACAUGGCAUCUUUCAGAAUGUCAGUGUUCUAUGUUUCAUAGAUAUGCUUUAGUGUUCUGACCAUACUUUGGAAAACUUUUCCUUUCUCAUCACUGGUGUGAUAAAAACAGAAAGAGAGAGAAUUUGUGAAUUAUUGAAGCAGCUGGUUGUCACAGCGUUGUUUUGCACUAAUUCUCCAACCCAUUAAAAUUAUAAUGUAUGCUUUUU